ACUGCGACUGAGGUGGCAGCUGCGCUCCUUCCUGAGGGCUUCGGAUUCUCCGGCCUGCCUUCACUCGUUUCGGUGUCUAGAGCGAGACUGACUUUAAGUUUGCUUUGCCCAUGUGUGUACCAGAAUCAGUGCUGCAUAGUUUGAGCCUGACAGGAUUGACUUUACAAAUGAGACAUUUAUGAGCCAUCUGCCAAGAAGUAUGAUUUGAAUUAAACUUUAACUUUUACAAGUUUUCAGAUACUUUUGAGUUAUCAGCUGUCUGCGGUUAUUUGUAACCGGAGGGGCACACAGCCCCAAAGGGGAGGGAUAAGAACUGCAGAUCUUAGAUGCUCUGAGAACCCACUACUAUAUAAUCAUUCCUAUGAAAAUCAUUCAUGUGCUGGCAGCCCGAAAGGGAGCAUAAACCAGGGACUUUGAUAUCAUGCAGCAGAAGAGCAAAUUAUUUCUCCAGGCUUUGAAGUAUAGUAUUCCUCACCUUGGGAAAUGCAUGCAGAGACAGCACGUGAAUCACUGUAACUUCGCUGAUCAUUAUUACAAUAGAAUAAAAUUGAAAAAAUAUCACCUAACCAAGUGUCUGCAGAAUAAACCCAGGAUAUCAGAGUUAGCAAGAAACAUCCCAAGUCGGAACUUCUCAUGUAAGGAAUUUUUGCCUAUUAAACAAGAAAACAAAAAAUCCCUUUCAGAAAACAUGGAUGCAUUUGAAAAAGUGAGAACAAAAUUGGAAACACAGCCACAAGAAGAAUACGAAAUCAUCAAUGCAGAGAUUAAACAUGGUGGUUUUGUUUAUUAUCAAGAGGGCUGCUGUUUGGUUCGUUCCAAAGAUGAAGAAGCAGACAAUGAUAAUUAUGAAGUUUUGUUCAACUUGGAGGAACUUAAAUUAGAGCAACCCUUCAUUGAUUGUAUCAGAGUUGCUCCUGAUGAAAAAUAUGUAGCUGCCAAGAUAAGAACUGAAGAUUCUGAAGCAUCUACCUGUGUAGUUGUGAAGCUCAGUGAUCAACCUGUAAUGGAAGCUUCUUUCCCAAAUGUGUCCAGUUUUGAAUGGGUAAAGGAUGAAGAAGAUGAAGAUGUUUUAUUCUACACCUUCCAGAGGAACCUUCGCUGUCAUGAUGUAUAUCGAGCAACUUUUGGUGAUAACAGGCGUAAUGAACGUUUUUACACAGAAAAAGACCCAAGCUUUUUUGUUUUCCUUUAUCUUACAAAAGACAGUCGUUUUCUCACCAUGAAUAUUAUGAACAAGACCACUUCAGAGGUGUGGUUGAUAGAUGGCAUGAGCCCUUGGGACCCACCAGUACUUAUCCAGAAGCGAAUACACGGGGUCCUUUACUACGUAGAACACAGAGAUGAUGAAUUAUACAUUCUCACUAAUGUUGGUGAACCUACAGAAUUCAAGCUAAUGAGAACAGCAGCUGAUACCCCUGCUAUUAUGAAUUGGGAUUUAUUUUUCACAAUGAAGAGAAAUACCAAAGUUGUAGACUUGGACAUGUUUAAGGAUCACUGUGUUCUAUUCCUGAAGCAUAGCAAUCUACUUUAUGUUAAUGUGAUUGGUCUGGCUGAUGAUUCAGUUCGGUCUCUUAAGCUCCCACCUUGGGCCUGUGGAUUCAUAAUGGAUACAAAUUCAGAUCCAAAGAACUGCCCCUUUCAGCUUUGCUCUCCUAUACGCCCCCCUAAAUAUUACACAUAUAAGUUUGCAGAAGGCAAACUGUUUGAGGAAACUGGACAUGAAGACCCAAUCACAAAGACUAGUCGUGUUUUACGUAUAGAAGCCAAAAGCAAGGAUGGAAAAUUAGUGCCAAUGACUAUUUUCCAUAAAACGGAUUCUGAGGACUUGCAGAAGAAACCUCUCCUGGUACAUGUAUAUGGAGCUUAUGGAAUGGAUUUGAAAAUGAACUUCAGGCCUGAAAGGCGGGUGUUGGUGGACGAUGGAUGGAUAUUAGCAUAUUGUCAUGUUCGGGGAGGUGGUGAGUUAGGACUCCAGUGGCACGCUGAUGGCCGUCUAACUAAAAAACUCAAUGGCCUUGCUGACUUAGAGGCUUGCAUUAAGACACUUCAUGGCCAAGGCUUUUCUCAGCCAAGUCUAACAACCCUGACUGCUUUCAGUGCUGGAGGGGUGCUUGUGGGAGCACUGUGUAAUUCUAAUCCAGAGCUGCUGAGAGCUGUGACUUUGGAGGCACCUUUCUUGGAUGUUCUCAACACCAUGAUGGACACUACACUUCCUCUGACAUUAGAAGAAUUAGAAGAGUGGGGGAAUCCUUCAUCUGAUGAAAAACACAAGAACUACAUAAAACGUUACUGUCCCUAUCAAAACAUUAAACCUAAGCAUUAUCCUUCGAUUCACAUCACAGCUUAUGAAAAUGACGAACGUGUGCCUCUGAAAGGAAUUGUAAACUAUACUGAGAAACUCAAGGAAGCCAUCAUGGAGCAUGCUAAGGACACCGGAGAAGGUUAUCAAGCCCCCAAUAUUAUUUUAGAUAUUCAGCCUGGAGGCAAUCAUGUGAUUGAGGAUUCUCACAAAAAGAUUACAGCCCAGAUUAAAUUCCUGUACGAGGAACUUGGACUUGACAGCACCAGUGUUUUCGAGAAUCUUAAGAAAUAUCUAAAAUUCUGAAAUGCUGCAUUCAGUGGAAAUUGGAAACACACUGAAAUAUUUCAUAGUCACAUUUCCAGUUACAUUAACAAAAAGUCUUCUGCCAUUAAGAACAGUGCUGCACAAUCCCACUACUGGGCAUAUACCCUGAGAAAACCAUAAUUCAGAAAGAGUUAUGUACCACAAUGUUCACUGCAGCUCUAUUUACAAUAGCCAGGACAUGGAAGCAACCUAUGUGUCCAUUGACAGAUGAAUGGAUAAAGAUGUGGCACAUAUAUACAAUGGAAUAUUACUCAGCCAUAAAAAGAAACGAAAUGGAGUUAUUUGUAGUGAUGUGGAUGGACCUAGAGACUGUCAUACACAGUGAAGUAAGUCAAAGAGAAAAAUAAAUACUGUAAGCUAACACAUAUAUAUGGAAUCUAAAAAAAUUAAAAAUGGUUCUGAAGAACCUAGGGGCAGGACAGGAAAGAGACACAGAUGUAGAGAAUGGACUUGAGGAUAUGGGGAGGGGAAGGGUAAGCUGGGAAGAAGUGAGAGAUUGGCAUGGACAUAUAUACACUACCAAAUGUAAAAUAGCUAAUGGGAAGCAGCCGCAUAGCACAGGGAGAUCAGCUCGGUGCUUUGUGACCACCUAAAGGGGUGGGAUAGGGAGGGUGGGAGGAAGACGUAAAAGGGAGGAGAUGUGGGAAUAUAUGUAUAUGUAUAGCUGAUUCACUUUGUUAUAAAGCAGAAACUAACACACCACUGUA